AUGGCAGUAAUUGGUGAAAGAGUGAUGGUUGGAGGUCACUCGGCUGUAAUUCGUUAUGUGGGCGAAGUAGCAGGUUAUCCGGGAAUAUGGGCUGGUGUGGAAUGGGAUGAUCCGAACCGUGGGAAACAUAACGGAUUCGUGAAUGGUGUGCAGUAUUUUCGGACAAAGUAUGUAGGAGGAUCACUUGUUAAUAUUCAAAAUGUCCAUCGUGGCUUAGAUCUGUUGACGGCAAUUCUGAACCGUUAUGCUGACUCGGUUGACGAGAAUGUUUUCGUUAUUCAUAGUAAAACUGUCGAACUCGUUGGAAUGCAAUCAACAUCGCAGAAACAAAGCAAUGUCUUCGAGCUGCGCUACAUUGUAUUGGAAAGUUGCUCUGUUGUCGCCCCACCUGUGGAGACAUGCCCUUCGUUCAGCAGAUGUGUUUCAUUAAAUCUGUUUAACAAUCUUUUACAACAAUGGGAAGAUAUUCGGAAGAUUCUAAUGUUUUUUCCACGACUGCGAGAACUAGUCCUUCGGUAUUCAUUCGAACUGUGUUUUAGGAAAAAUCGUAUGGAAACUGCUGGUGUGGGCGGAGCAUGGAGUGAUGUGAAGUGCCUUAGUGACUUGAUAAUAAGUGAUUGUGAUCUGUCCGCCGAAUCGGUAUGUUUGCGAACUUUGCACGCAGUUGGGAAUCGCUUUACCCAUUUUUUCGUUCCGGAUGUGGCUGACUCUCUUCAGAAUCUUGACAUUGGAAAUAAUCCUAUUAGUUGUUUGUCUAAUAUAAAUGGAAAUUUAAACAAAUUGGAGAAGCUAAGUGUUGUCGAUUGCGGAAUCAAGCGAAUUGUGGUUGAGAAUGGUCGAUUUCCUAGCCUCACUACUCUGAACAUCAAAGACAACGUCAUAUCGGAUGUAAGCGAUUUCUUCUUGCGGCUGUUCACUUUUUUCGAUCUCACAGGCAUCAGCACACACGAGGUGCCAUUUUCCGCUAUUGAGAGGCAUUCGGCUGAAGUUCGCUUUUUGGACAAGUAUAUUUGUGCAGACGAUAAUGUGAAAGCAGAGCAUGUCAUCGACAUUGAACGCCUUAGAAUGGUCCAUGGAACUAUCGCCGUUGUCGAUUCAAAAGGCACUGGUUUGAAUGUAGUACCACUUGCAAUUUGCUAUGAAGGUAAUACUAUAGAGAAACGCCUGCCAUUGUCGAUGACUGUGCAAAAACUUACCGAAAUGGUUUGUCUUAGAGUGACGCUCCAACUCGACAAGGGUACUCAUCAAAUUCUACUUGAAAACCCGCUACGCACUCUAGAUUUCUAUUCACCCGAACCUGGAGAUAGCCUUCGUUUAGUGGCGGUUUAA